CGUGCGAGGCAUGCAUAUGACAUCUGCUGGAAGACUCGCUGGUGAUCAUCGACGAUACAUGUCGAUCAUGCAUGCUUGCUACGAAAAGUGCUCUAUAAAGAGCUGCUGCUCGACCUCUCCAGUCUUCUUUUUCUAUCCACAACCACCUGGUAACUCUUGAGACAACAAGAGCAAGUUUCAACUCUUUUCUACUUCUUCCUUUCGCUUUCUACCUUCGCUCACAGUACUAUUUCAUUGUCGAAAGUCCGAAAUGAAGUACACACUCCAAUCAUUGGCUCUUGCGUCUGUCGCAUCUGCCCGCGUUCUCCAGUCCAGACAGUCAUCAUGCUGCUUUGGCAUUAAUGUCUCUGGCGACGGUGUUCAGGGUGGCUCUCUUGGUCAGCUCAGUGACGGCCAGAACCGCUUUGGUCCUAACCAAUCUGGUGCCACCUACUGUAUCGACAAUGGUCAGAUCACCGACAAGAAUGGUAGAGGCUGUAUCCUUACUGGUCCUACCACUCAGUUCCAAUGUGACCAAGGUGCCUCUCCCACCGGAGGCUUCUCUGUUGCUGCGUCUGGGCAGGUUGUAUUCAACGGCGAUGCUACCUUCUACGCUUGCCCUGUUGAUGACAACGGCAACUACAACAUCUACACCAAGCCUCUUGACAACAUGCCCAAGUGUGUCAAGGUUGGCUUGAGCAGUGUUGAUGGAAAGUGUGCUGCUCCUUCGUCGGCUCCUGCCUCUUCUGCUCCUCCUGCGACCACUGCAGUAUCCGUUUCUGUCUCGACACCUGCUCCCUCUGUGUCCGUCUCAGUUUUGGUCUCUACUGAGCAGUGCAGGCCCUCUACUAUUGAGAAGACUGUUACACAGCAGAACGAUGUCACGGUCCCUGUCACUGUGUACAAGACUCAAGUCCAGACUCAGACUCAAGAGCACACCGACACUGCUUACCAGACUGAGGUCAAGCAGGUCCCUACGACCAUCUACCAGAUCCAAACUCAAUACAGCACAGUCCACGAGACAGUGACAGUCCCUACCACUGUCUACAAGACACAGGAGGAGACCACCACCGUCUACAAGACCGAAGAGCUGACCACAACUGCUGUCCGCACCGAGGAGGAGACGCAAACGCAAACGCAAACUUUGCCUCCCGUCACUGAGGAGAUCACUCAGAAGACCACAAUCGAGCAGCCCACAACUAUUGAACAACCUACCACUGUUCAGCAGCCCCCUGUCACCCAGACUAAGGUCACCUCUGUCACAGAGCAAGUCACCACCUCAGUUGCCCAGCCCACUACCGUCUCGCAGCCUCCUGCCACCGUACCCAAGGCUUCUUCCUCUCAACAGCCCUCUACCACUCCCUCCGGCACCGGAAACUGCCCCCGAAACCUCCCCGGCAUAGACUCCUACCUCAAGCCCCGCCUCAUCAUCCCCGUCGACAGCAACUCCCCCUCCACCGCCUACGGCACCCAAUACAACGCCUACAUCGGCAACGGCAACAGCACAAUCUUCACCUUUGACAUUCCUCAAUCCUACUCUGGCAAGCAAUGCGAGUUGGUCUUUACCUUGCCCACUCAGUCUCAACUCGAGACUUCCUUUGUCUCCGAGUCUGGACACGGUGGUGUGGACUUUAAGCAGUUGAAGAGUGCUGUUGAUGAGAAGGUUACUUUUGCAAACCAACCUGCUGUUGCCAAGGACUUUGGUGAGAAGGGUGUGCAGACUGGAAAUGCUUACUCCAUCACCACUGGUGACUGCAGUGCACUUGGCCAGGCCGUCUCAUACGAGCUUACUGCCACUGGCGAUAAAGAAAUCGACUUCUUCCAGGACUGGAAUCCAUGCCCCAUCGGCCUGUGGGUCGUUGCAAACUAAAGCCCGAAAAAAGUGGUGAGGAAUGAUGCAAGUUUCGAUGCAGAAAAAUCGGGUUCAAUUUCUUUUCCAAAUAUCAAGAAUCAUUUGACCGUUAUAUCGGGAGUAAUGAAUCGUCCCCAAAACUAACUUAUGACUUUCCUUUGAUACGUUUCUCAUCUUUUCUUUGUAUCAAUAUUCCAUUCUUUUCCAUGUAGUUUAUUAGAAUCAUAGUGUUGAUGUCAAUCUCACUAUAUCAUCAAUCAUCUUAUUCACGCAUUCCUCUUCUACAUCUCAUAGGUACUGACUUUGUGUG